CAUCAAUUUCACUUUGAAAUCCUACGAUUUGUUCCUCGAUCUCUCCAAGUAUCGAGACAACCAAACAUGUCGCACCGUGCGGCUCUCGCUCAGCUUCGAGCUCAGCGUGCCUCCGGUAAGACACGUCUCGAUUCUUACCAGAUCGAAGACAAAGGUGCCAUUUACGACGAGGUCGAUGAAGAUGGUUAUAAAAAGGUGGUCCGCGGACGCCUCGAUAGGGACGACUUUGUUGUUGACGACCACGGCGAGGGUUACGCCGACGACGGCCGAGAGGAAUGGCAAAACGAGCGCAUGCAAUACAGCAGCGACGAAGGAGAAGAUGCUCGACCAAAGUCAAAAGCUGCGAAGCGUAAACGCGAGGAAGAACGAGAAAAGGAGGACAAGACUAACCAUAAAAUCUUGAACUACUUCAACAGUGGCCCUGUCGCCGCUGCACCAAAGCCAAAGAUUCAAACCACGGCAGAAGAUGAAGCUUUCAUGGCAGAUCUUCUUGGUGAAGUCGACGCCAACAUUCUUCCCGCUCGUUCUUUCAACAAAAAGACCAUCAAGACCGAGUCUCGUCGAAAAGUCAGAGUCCUUUCUCCUCCUCUCACCCAAGAAAGGCCCAAGAGAAGCUACCAGCCUCCGCAGACCGCACUGGUCGAUACUCCUCCCGCUCAGACCGCAUUUGAGGAAGACGACAACAUGUUGUUGCAGGGUGACGAUGAUAACAUCAUGAGUGACCCCCUCCCAUCUUCGCCCGUUGUCAAAGCCGUCGAACGCAAGGCCAAGAUCCACAUCAAAGAGGAGGAGGAAGACGACGACGACAUGAUGAUGGUUGCUCAAGCCACUGGGCACCAAGGCUCAACCUCCACGAGCGUCAACAUGACAGGCAGCAGACCACCUCCAAAGAUCAAGGCAACUUCUCUUCCAACGCCACUCAAUUCUUCACCACCAGUCCCUGCAACCACCGAAGUCGAUGCAGCCUCGUGGAACAACAUCACCAGCAAACUAAGUAUUCAAAGCAGUCCUUCCUCGGAAACAAUGACAUUCGGCAAAAUGAAACCUCAAGAUGCCGUCGAGGAAGAUGGGAGCCUUCGCAUGUUCUGGCUCGAUUACACCGAGGUCAAUGGCAGCUUGUGUCUCUUCGGCAAGGUCAAACACAAGGUCACCGGCCAGUAUCUCAGUGCUUUUGUCAAAAUUGACAACAUCUUGCGAAAGAUGUACUUCUUGCCACGGAGACGGAAAGACUCAGAUGGCCGUGACACCGAGGAACCCGUCGAAUGGGAGGAUGUCUUUACAGAAGUGGACUCUCUCAUGUCCAAGAUGAAAAUCAGCACGAGGAAAGUCAAGACAUGCACGAGAAAGUAUGCCUUUGAACUUCCAGACGUUCCCAAAGAGGCCGAGUAUCUGAAGCUGUUGUAUCCAUACGACAAAACUCCACUUCCAAUGGAUCUCAAGGGCGAAACUUUCUCGCGUGUCUUUGGCACCAACACUGCUUUGUUUGAGCAAUUUGUUCUGUGGAAGAACAUCAUGGGCCCUUGCUGGCUCAACAUCGAGGGUGCCGACUUCACCGCUGUCAACAAUGCCUCCUGGUGCAAGCUGGAAUGCGCCGUCUCCAAACCUGCCAGCAUCAGCGUGCUUCCUCAGUCUGAUCAAACCGAGGCACCGAGACUCACUUUGAUGUCGUUGUCUUUCCGGACCCAACUCAACGUCAAGGAAAACAAGCAAGAGAUCCUGAUGGCUAGUGCUCGAGUGUAUGAGAACGUCUCGUUGACCGACACCACUCCACCAGAAAAGAUGCCAUCCCGAACAUUCACGGUUAUGCGCCCCUCAGGAUCGGCCUAUCCUGUAGGAUUUGAAGCAGAGACCAAGAAGCAGAAGGGUACUUUUUUCCUUGAGAAGAGUGAGCAAUUUCUCCUCAGUAAAUUCCUUGCCCUGUUCGAGAAGGUGGACCCAGAUUGUCUCAUGGGACAUCAGCUGCAAGAAGUCGACUACAGUAUCUUGCUGAGUCGUCUCAAGGAGAAGAAAACCCCUGGAUGGCAUCGAAUUGGACGAAUGAAGCGCGCAGAAUGGCCCAAAACCUUUGGAAAGGGCGGUUCUUCCUUUUUCGCCGAGCGACAACUCUUAGCAGGACGUCUGAUGUGUGACCUCGCCAACGAUAUGGGCAAGUCUUUGAUGACCAAGUGCCAGCAGUGGAGCUUGUCGGAAAUGUGUGAACUCUACUUGGGUCCUGACAAUCCUCGACGCGAACUCGACAACGAAUCUGCUCUCAAGACGUGGGCCACAACCCGCGAUGGUCUGAUGAAUUAUGUCAACCACUGCCACGCCGACACCUUCUUUAUCGCGGCUCUUGUUCUGAAAUUGCAAAUGCUUCCUUUGACAAAGGUCCUGACCGAGCUAGCGGGUAACUCGUGGGCUCGAACAUUGAGUGGCACCCGUGCUGAACGAAACGAAUACAUUUUGCUGCACGAGUUCCAUCGCAAUAAAUACAUCUGUCCAGACAAAGAGUAUGGCAAAGGCCGAGCGAAGGCACAAGUGGAAAAUGAAGAUGAAGAGGGCGCUGAUACCAAGAAGAAAGACAAGUACAAGGGUGGUCUUGUUUUCGAACCCGAAAAAGGCCUGUACGAGAAGUUCAUCUUGGUCAUGGAUUUCAACAGUUUGUACCCCAGCAUCAUCCAGGAGUACAACAUCUGCUUCACCACCGUGGACCGAACAACAACUGCAGAAAAUGAGAACGAAGAGAAGGUGCCAGAAGUACCUAUGGAUCAAAACCAGGGUAUCUUACCAAAGCUGAUUGCCACCCUCGUCUCUCGUCGGCGAGAAGUCAAGAAAUUGAUGAAGGAUAAACGAGCCACCGCCGAGCAGAUGGCUCUGUACGACACGAAGCAAAUGGCCCUGAAGCUCACGGCCAACUCUAUGUACGGUUGUUUGGGCUACACACAGUCACGAUUCUAUGCCCGACCGCUGGCCAUGCUCACCACCUUCAAGGGAAGAGAGAUUCUCAGAAGUACAAAGGAACUCGCAGAGAGCAAUCAACUGCAGGUCAUUUAUGGUGAUACUGAUUCGGUCAUGAUCAAUACCAACACGGACACCAUUGCACAGGCAUUGGCAGUGGGUAAUGAAUUCAAGAAGUCUGUCAACGAACGCUACAGACUGUUGGAGAUCGAUAUCGACAAUGUGUUCCGACGUCUGUUGCUUCACGCCAAAAAGAAGUACGCCGCUAUCAAUAUGGCUGAAAUUGAUGGCAAGUUUGUUGAGAAGCUUGAGGUCAAGGGUUUGGAUAUGAAGAGAAGGGAGUAUUGUGCUCUAUCAAAGGAGGCGUCCCAAAGACUUCUCAACGAGAUUCUUUCUGGAGAGGAUUCUGAAGUCGUGUUGGAAAAGAUCCACGAAUACCUACGAGAGCUGGCCACCAACAUGAGGGAAAGCAAGAUCAACGCGCAGAAAUAUGUCAUCUAUACUAAAUUGGGUAAAAAUCCAACCGAGUACCCGAAUGCAGAUUCGAUGCCACAAGUCCAAGUGGCUCUGCGCGAGAUCGCGAGGGGAAAACCAGUUCGUGUCAACGAUGUCAUGGCAUACAUUGUCACCAUGGGAGACGAACAGACCAAGAGCCAACCUGCGCCUAAGCGAUCAUACACACCUCAAGACGUGCAGAAAGCCGACUCUGGCCUGGUCCCAGACAUCGAGUACUACUUGUACAAGCAAAUCUUACCACCUAUCGAGCGUCUAUGCGCGCCCAUUCCGGGAACCGAUUCGGUGAGAUUAGCAGAAUGUCUCGGUCUGGACGUUCGCAAGUAUCAGAUCAACACCAACACCUCGUCAAGCCGUCAGAACGCCGAGAUCUUUCCUCUCGAGUCACAGAUUCCCGACAGCGUCAGAUUCCAGGACGCUGCCAGACUUCGAUUGCGCUGCAGGGAUUGCAAGGAAGUCACCGUGUUUGAAGGACUGUGUGAGUCGACAACGAUCUCAAGUCCCAAUGGGAUCAGUUGCAGCAACAGCGCGUGCGGGAAAGUGUUCUCGCCCAUGUCAAUCGUGAUGCAGUUGGAUUCACAGAUCCGAUCACAAACCAGUGCGUACUACGAAGGUUGGCUUGUCUGUGACGAUUCAUCGUGUGGGAACCGCACCAGACAGAUGUCAGUCUAUGGACACCGAUGUCUGGGUCCGAACGGAAGAGCAGAAGGAUGUUUGGGUCGUAUGGGCUAUGAAUAUCCAGAGAAGAAACUCUACAACCAGCUCCUAUACCUUGCCACGCUGUUUGACGUCGACAAAGCCAAAGCCAAGGCCCGGUCAGAAAAGGAGUAUGCGGAUAGAGCCGACCGAAUUGUUGUUCUGGCAGAGACCAACAAGGAUAGGUUUGCCGAUAUCAAAGCUGUGGUGGAUGCCUACCUGAGGAAAUGUGGUCGCCAAUGGGUGGAGAUGGACACUUUGUUCGGCUUUGCAUUGAAAUAGGAGUUGUGUCGUAGUGUUGGUUGACCUGACCAGGACUUGAACAAGUAAUGCGUGGCGCGCAUGGAGCAUUUCUCUGCAUUACUGUGCGGU